GGCAUGGAAACAGCUUCCUUGGCAGUCGGGAGAAGGAGCGCUUGCUACUGCCUGUAACCCAGGCGUCCGGCUGCUGUCCCCUGCCCGGGGGGAGCUCAUCCACAGAGAGCUCUCUCCUCUCUCGUUCCUUCCUGCCAGGAGUCCCUCUGCAGAGCCCCUUAAAGCCAGUCCCCACAGGAGCCAAGCCAGAGGGGAGCAUGGAGCUGCUGUCCACCCCCCACAGCAUUGAGAUCAACAACAUCACUUGCGAUUCCUUCCGCAUCUCCUGGGCCAUGGAGGACAGUGACCUGGAGAGGGUCACGCAUUACUUCAUCGACCUCAACAAGAAGGAGAACAAGAAUUCCAACAAGUUCAAGCACCGGGAUGUCCCCACCAAGCUUGUGGCCAAGGCGGUGCCCCUCCCCAUGACAGUGAGGGGCCACUGGUUCCUGAGCCCCCGCACCGAAUACAGCGUGGCUGUGCAGACGGCCGUGAAGCAGAGCGACGGCGAGUACCUGGUGUCUGGCUGGAGCGAGACAGUGGAGUUCUGCACGGGGGAUUAUGCUAAGGAGCACCUGGCCCAGCUGCAGGAGAAGGCUGAGCAGAUCGCUGGACGAAUGCUGCGCUUCUCCGUCUUCUACCGCAACCAUCACAAGGAGUACUUCCAGCACGCCAGGACCCACUGUGGGAACAUGCUUCAGCCCUACCUGAAGGACAACAGUGGCAGUCACGGCUCCCCCACCAGCGGCAUGCUCCACGGUGUAUUCUUCAGCUGCAACACCGAGUUCAACACGGGCCAGCCCCCCCAGGACUCCCCCUACGGCCGCUGGCGCUUCCAGAUCCCUGCCCAGCGCCUCUUCAAUCCCAGCACCAACCUCUACUUUGCGGACUUCUACUGUAUGUACACCGCCUACCACUAUGCCAUCCUGGUUCUGGCACCCAAGGGUUCCUUAGGGGACCGCUUCUGCCGUGACCGCCUGCCCCUCCUGGACAUUGCCUGCAACAAGUUCCUGACCUGCAGCGUGGAAGACGGGGAGCUAGUCUUCCGCCAUGCCCAGGACCUCAUCCUGGAGAUCAUCUACACCGAGCCGGUCGACCUGUCCCUGGGCACCCUGGGGGAGAUCAGUGGGCACCAGCUCAUGAGCCUGUCCACUGCCGAUGCCAAGAAAGACCCCAGCUGCAAGACCUGUAAUAUCAGCGUGGGCCGCUAGGGACUCCCGGGGAGCUGGGGAGCUAGGGAGAGAUGAGGAGAGGGUAGAGAUGGGUGGCUUAGGUUCAGGGAGCUGGCUUUCUCUCCCCUGCCCCCUGCUCCCUUGACUCCGUCUGUCCACCCCUCUCCCUUUGGCAAUAGAGGCAACAGAUGGCCGUCCUCUUUGUUAGCGUGGCCCAAUCCAGGCCCAGUGGACUUGCGAGGGCUUCCCAGCCUCAGUUGGUCGGCAGGUGGGCUGCAUUUCCAGAGAAUUCUCCCUUCCUCCGCUUUCCCUCUCCCUUUCAUGACUCAUCCAGGCCUCUGCCUUCCAGAAUCCUUCCCACCUCCUGGGCUCUCCCGAGAAGCCUCUCUGGGCCCAAGCCCACAUGUAGCCUGGCUGUUUCCAUGGAGACAGAGCGCUGUGGGGCAUCUCUUCCUUAGCCCCACCUACCCUACUCAGGGCCACCCCAGGAAGCCCCCUCCCUGCUGAGUUGGGCCUGGGGGUUUCCCACUCCAGCCCAGGACCCUCCCUCUAUAAAUAGUCGCCCGCACCGCUCUGCUCUCACAUCCUGGCUGCUCCUUACCCCAAGAGCCUGCUCCCUGCAAGGGAGGGCUGUCCCUCCCCCCACCCUCCUUUCCUCCAUUCACCCUCUAGAAAGAGGCCCUCUUUCGUCCUUUUGGCUUUGGGAGCCUCUGAGCUCUUGGGAUUUUCCUGCUCAUCUCUCUGGAGAUAAUGCAUUCCCCAGCAAACCUUCCUUGCUCAGAUUGUGUGGGAGCUGGAGCAGCAGCCUCUGGGGCCUGGAACAGCAGUCGCAGGGGUCGAGGAGGGGGGCAGGACACCCCUGAGACCCCUUCCGCAGCAGGAAUGGUCUGCCUCAUGCCUUGAUGGGGCCUGACAUAGAGCUAAGGGACAGAGUCACCCGCGGGACGCGGGUACCCCGCCUGCCACUGUGCUGAUGGCUCCGUGACCCCAUGUGAGCUGGACUGUGGGCGCUCUGCUCCUGGCAUCUGGGCCAGCACCUUGGCUCUGUCCGCUCUCCUGACCACCGCCUGGGGAGUGCUUGGUAAAGCCGUCCCUACGGUUCCCUGUAUUUGUAUCUUGUUCCUACUGUUGUACGGGUCAUGGAGGUGGUCCCCCAAGGCAAGUGAAGUAGCUGGAGCGAUGGAGGAGGACUAGAGUCAGCAGAGAGCAGUCCCCACAGUGACUUUCCCAGAGAUGACAGGGACAAGGCCCAAGCAGCUGGCCUUCUGUGAAGAAGGAGCUAGGGGCUGGCAGACCAACAGGCCACACUCUGGUGAACUACAGUGAGUGGCUGUCUCUUUGGGGUGGGCCAGGAGGUCUGGGGCUCUGGGAGAAUGUGGAGGAGAGGAAGCCCUUCUCCCUGUACUGACAGCACUGCUGUUGGGUAGCUGCUGUCCUCCCCUGGCGUCCUCCCCAGGUGGGGGCACGCCCGCCUAUGCUGUGCUUGCAAUAUGUACUAAUAAACCACAUGGCCUGAA